UCCACUUGUAGUUCUUAAUUUUGGGCAUUACGUGCACGUGACUCGCAUCCGAGGUCAUUUCUCAUUGCAUCGUGUUCCUUCAGCGAUUCAUCUUUGGCGGCUCGGUUUCAGUUCCAUCUGCCCCGCUUAGCGACUCCCGGCCAUUCAAUCUUCCCCGGACUUCCAUUGAAACGCGUUCUUGCGUUUCGGAGUUUCUGAUAUACUCCGAGGACUUCACUUUUUGCUCGGGGGGUAUACCAAGGGUUUUCCGGCCCUGAAUGCAUGCGCUUGUGCUGUCCCUGGAUUAAUCAUGACCUGACAGCUUGAGGCAUGGUCAAUCCGAGCGCGUAAAUAGCUCACCGAUGGACCUGAAAACUAGGCUGCGCAAGGCCUGCGAUGCCUGCAGUAUUCGAAAAGUGAAGUGUGAUACCGGUGGGCCGCCUUGUCGGUCAUGCGCUAGCUUGGAGAUUCCCUGCACCUACGAGAGACCCAGCAGACGCCGUGGGCCUCCUAACCGCCAUGCAGAGGCGCUUAAGAAACAGAAGCGGGAACCUCUGCUUGACGAUGAGGCAUCCGUAAGUCCGGCAGACUAUCCGUCGGUGACGACAGUGACGACUCCACAGGCCACAUUCGCCAACCCUCCAUCUGGGCCGUUUCCCCUGUCAGCAGAAUCGAUAUGUUCUUUGCAUACAGUUCAGCUGUUGCUCGAUGAUUUUUUUACUUAUAUCCAUCCUUUGGUUCCAGUUCCUCAUGAGCCUACUUUCAGAGCUGCUUUUGAGAGGAGGGAAGAUGUGACCAAUCACACUUUUUUGGCCCUUUUGGCGUCCAUGAUUGGAUUUCUCGUGGCUUCAUUUCCUCGAAGACCUAAAUUAAGGCUCAACACUGAGGCUGAACGUAAUGCGUUCCCUAACUCUAUAGCUCUGGUCAAGCGGUGUCUCGACGUUGCCAUCCAAGCCCGAGGCGCCGGAUAUCUCGAUCGCAACGCCACAGUAUAUGAUGCGGCAAUCAGCUAUUUCCUCGCCGUCUGUGCUGGCUAUAUCUAUAACAUGCGCCGUUGCCGCGUCUAUCUCUCGGAAUGCCGAGCUAUGCUCUCAGUUUAUGAUCUAUGCCGGUCUCCGCCAGCCACCACCCGAUCAUCAACACUGGCAGCCAACGGCCCACUAUCAUCGGUCUCAAUGAUGCAAGAUCAACCCGUUCAUAGUUUCAUGGACACCCAAGGUGUCGAUCUCAUCACCCAGGAGCUCGGCCGACGUCUGUUCUAUGUCACCCUUGUUGGGUAUCAGACAUUGCACCAAAUGGGGUCUGCUGAUAUCAAGGUCCACGUCCCUCCAGAGACUCCAACAGACCGGUACCCGCCACUGCCGAUGGAGAUUGAUGACGACUUUCUGUUCCCAACACACGUUGAGCCACAGCCAUCGAGUCGCGUUUCACGAUUAGUCGGAUUCAAUGCAAAUGUCCGUGUCUAUAGCUCAUACACGGACCUGCUAUCUUGGGAGAUAGCAUUUGGUAGUGGUCAAAUCUUCGACUGGGAGCAUCAACGUACCAGCCUUUGGGGCUGUCUUCGGAAAGCAAAGUCUGCAUUACUCAAUGUCCCCGUUGAGUUAUCGCUAGACCACCCGAAACAUUUAUCCCCAGCCCGCUUGUCUGGUCUCGGCGAAGAUGGCACAGUGUUCAGCUACUCAGAUGACCACAUCCAUCAAGAACGACGCGCCAUCCAGUAUGAGAUUCAAAAAGCCAACAUAUAUGCCAGUCAGCUGUGCACCAGGUCUUUUCUAGUUGAGAAGUACUGGAGCCUUUUUGAGACUUUUUCAAAAUAUGGAAAGUCGCCCAAGUUCACUGCACCAGGUGCCACAACGCCGCAGAUCAAGGUCGAAGGCACAUCAGAUACGACACAAGCUGCCGCUGGCACUACAACCACUCCAUCAGAAACCAACACCAACACUCAGGCCCAGACCCACGCCCAAAACGACUAUAUCGGCCGCAUGAUGGCGGAAGAGCGUCAAUCAGUCAUAAAAGACCUCUUCGUACUAUUAAGAACAGUAAACGAAGUAAACAUGGAGCCAAACGGCGCAAGCAUCACAGGCAAAAUCCGCCAAGUAGCCUCAACUCUCCUAAACCUCUCCCCACGCACAAAACAAACCCCCACAACCGAAAUCCCAAGUUUCGCACCUCAACACCAACACCCCUUAGAACCAACGGCCCCAUCCCCAACACCCACGCCAGGCCUACCAGGUCUACACGUCCUCACCGCCGCAGAAGCAGAAUCCUACCUGCACGCAUUCAUUGAGACUCUCGUCCGACUGGAAUGUCAUUCUUCAAUGGCUGACUCGGCUAGUAAUGCCGAUGGACUUAGUCCGCAGGUUAAUGGCCGUUCUAUGAGUUAUCUUUCUGAUUACCAGCGUGAUCAGGAAGAGCUUGGGCAGUGGGCUAGCCUAAAGGAGUAUCAGCAGAAGUUUGCUGAGGCUGGUGGUGUUUUGUGUCAGUUGUAA